AUGGCCGACGCCGGCCCCCACGACACCCCAGCAAGCUACACAACCUGGCGCCCACCUUCUGAAUCACCAACUCCCACCACGGCGACCACAAGAAGCGAUGCUUUACUCCGUCCCUCCGGCUCGAAAUCGCUCUCCGGCAUAUCCCUACGCGCAUUCCUCCUCGGCGCAACCCUCGGCCUCUGCCUCUCCAUCGCCGUCGCCCUGAUCCUUAUCCAACCUGCCCCCCACUAUCUCUGGAGGCUCCCCUUCUUCGUCUUCUCGCUCAGCCUCUUCCAUUUCCUCGAAUACUACAUCACCGCCGCCUACAACACCCGCUACGCAGAUAUCUCCGCUUUCCUCCUCUCCUCCAACGGCUGGGCCUACAAUGUCGCGCAUUCCUCUGCCUUCCUCGAGUGUCUCCUCGCCUACCUUUUCUACCCACAUGAAUCAUACUUCGAUUUCACGGCCCCUGUGAACGGGGUGAAGAUCCAGGUUGUCAUCGGGAUAGUCCUUAUGGCUCUCGGCCAGGUGGUGCGAUCUCUAGCCAUGGCGCAGGCGGGGAGUAAUUUCAACCAUACGGUGCAGGUGGAAAGGAGGGAAGGCCAUACGCUUGUAACGCAUGGGGUUUAUGCGGUCCUGCGGCACCCGAGUUACUUUGGGUUCUUUUGGUGGGGGAUUGGAACGCAACUGAUGCUGGGGAAUGUGGUUAGUUUACUGGGGUAUGCGGUUGUGUUGUGGAAGUUUUUCAGUCAUCGGAUUGACCGGGAGGAACGCUUCCUGAUUGCUUUCUUCGGGGAUGAGUAUGUGGAUUAUAAAAGCAAGUCUACGGUUGGAAUUCCGGGGAUCCCAUGA